UUGGCCUGCGGCCCGCCGAAGCCGCACCCUGGCAGGGCUGGGGGCUGAGGCGCAGCGCGGCGCCGGGGCCAGCGGCGGAGGCGGGCUCGUCGGAGGGGCUGCCGGCCGGCCUGUCACCCGGCCUGUCACCGGGGCCUCCUGCCCCUUCCCUGCCUCCUCCUGCCGCCGUUGUUCUUUCUCGUCUGGUCCUCGGGAGUUCAGUACUUAACUCGCAGCAUCUCUCUUGGUAAGCAAGCUGAUGGUGCCUUCACUGAGUACAAGAUAAAGAAGUGUUCCUUUUUGUGAACUAGUCUCUUCCUGUAUGAAAACAAAGAGCAGGGGAAACUUUGAAGAUGCAUGAGCUGGGAACGUUUGGUUCAAAAGGAAAAAGAAAAAGAAGAAUCUGGUUGUUCAUGAUGUAAAGUUCCAUAAAAUUGUACUAUGAAUGGUGAUUCUGGUGCAGCGGUGGUGACUUCACCACCUCCAACAACAGCUCCUCAUAAAGAGAGGUAUUUUGAUCGAGUUGAUGAAAAUAAUCCAGAUUAUUUGAGAGAGAGAAAUAUGGCACCCGACCUUCGCCAGGACUUUAACAUGAUGGAACAGAAGAAGAGAGUCUCCAUGAUUCUUCAAAGCCCAGCUUUUUGUGAAGAAUUGGAAUCCAUGAUCCAGGAACAAUUUAAGAAGGGGAAGAAUCCAACAGGUUUAUUGGCUUUACAGCAGAUUGCAGAUUUUAUGACAACAAAUGUGCCAAAUGUCUACCCAGCAGCACCACAAGGCGGAAUGGCUGCGUUAAACAUGAGUCUUGGCAUGGUGACACCAGUGAAUGAUCUGAGGGGCUCUGAUUCCAUUGCUUAUGAAAAAGGGGAGAAGUUACUACGAUGUAAAUUGGCAGCUUUCUACAGAUUAGCAGAUCUCUUUGGCUGGUCUCAGCUUAUUUACAAUCACAUAACAGCCAGAGUGAAUUCUGAGCAGGAACACUUCCUCAUUGUACCUUUUGGACUCCUUUACAGUGAAGUUACUGCCUCCAGUCUGGUUAAAAUCAAUAUACAGGGAGAUGUAGUUGAUCGUGGGAGCACUAACCUGGGAGUAAACCAAGCUGGUUUUACUUUGCACUCUGCAAUUUAUGCAGCUCGACCUGAUGUUAAAUGCAUUGUUCAUAUUCACACUCCAGCAGGGGCAGCGGUUUCUGCAAUGAAGUGUGGUCUGUUGCCAAUUUCACCUGAAGCACUUUCUCUAGGGGACAUAGCUUAUCAUGACUACCAUGGUAUUUUAGUGGAUGAUGAAGAAAAAGUGGUUAUUCAGAAAAAUUUGGGACCUAAAAGCAAGGUCCUUAUUCUCAGAAACCAUGGCUUAGUAUCCGUUGGAGAGACAGUUGAGGAGGCUUUCUACUAUAUUCAUAACCUAGUGCUUGCCUGUGAGAUUCAAGUACGUACUCUGGCCAGUGCAGGUGGACCUGACAACCUAGUGUUAUUAGAUCCUGGAAAGUAUAAAGCCAAGUCUCGUUCCCCUGAGUCUCCAGCAGGUGAGGGUUCUGUAUCCCAUCCAAAGUGGCAGAUUGGCGAACAGGAAUUUGAAGCUCUUAUGCGAAUGCUCGAUAAUCUGGGUUACAGAACCGGCUAUCCGUAUCGAUGCCCUGCUCUGAGAGAGAAAUCUAAAAAGUACAGCGAUGUUGAGAUUCCAGCUAGUGUCACAGGUUACUCCUUUACUAGCGAUGGAGAAUCAGGCACUUGCUCCCCCCUCAGACACAGUUUUCAGAAACAGCAGCGAGAGAAGACAAGGUGGCUGAACUCUGGCCGAGGGGAUGAUGCUUCUGAAGAAGGGCAGAAUGGCAGCAGUCCCAAGUCGAAGACUAAGUGGACUAAAGAGGAUGGACAUAGAACUGCCACCUCUGCUGUCCCUAACCUGUUUGUUCCGUUGAACACUAAUCCAAAGGAGGUCCAAGAAAUGAGGAACAAGAUCCGGGAGCAAAACUUACAAGAUAUUAAAACUGCAGGCCCUCAGUCACAGGUUCUUUCUGGUGUAGUUGUGGACAGGAGUCUUGUACAGGAUGCUCCCCUCUCAGACUGUACGGAAUCUAUUGAAGGGCUCGAUCUCACAGAGCAGGCCUUUAGUCCCGCUAAAUCUCUGUCUGUUAGAAAGGGCGAACUGGUGACUGCAUCAAAGGCAAUAAUUGAGAAAGAAUAUCAACCAAAAGUCAUAGUGAGCACAACAGGACCAAAUCCCUUCAAUAAACUCACUGAUCGAGAACUGGAAGAAUACCGCAAAGAAGUAGAAAGGAAGCAGAAGGGGCCAGAAGAACCUUCAGAAGAUGGCAGACAACAGAAAGAGCGAAGUCCCCCUGAUCACACUUCAGCGCGCACUCCUCCCAGCACACCAAUUAAAGUAGAGGAAGAGACACAGCAGGACCAGACUUACAAAGAUGACAGUGAUGCUGCAACUUUCAAGCAAACCCUCCCAGAUCUCACCCCUGACGAGCCUUCAGAAGCACUCAGCUUCCCUCCCUUAGGAAAGGAGGAAGGGAGAUGUGAUGAAGAAGUGCCCAAAAGCCAAACGGAAUCACCUGCAGUGGAAAAUAAGGAACCCCAGUCUCAACCUGCUGAAGAGCCGGUAACACCGACAGCUGAGGAGGGGACAGCAGCUGAUGCAGGUAGUGAUGAAUCUCCAGGAAAGUCCCCAUCAAAAAAGAAAAAGAAGUUUCGCACUCCUUCCUUCCUGAAGAAGAGUAAAAAGAAGAGUGACUCCUAAAGGCCAAACACACUGCAGAAACACUGUCAUAUUUUAAAAUUCAUUAACCACUAGAAUGUACCAGAUUGUACUGAGUGUUUUGUCUUAUUAUGUAAAUGAAUGCAACAAGUAAUCCAACCAGCCCCUCGAGUUAUGGCUUGAUUGUUUAAGGUUAUAACCAGAAAUUAACAUCUGAAAAGGUGCUAAUCCUGUGUUUUCAGCAGCUACCGCAGAUCUGAUCCCUACUUUCUAAUCAAAUACCAAUGAUUUCCACGCAGAAGUCAUUGAACCACUAUUUAUACUUUAAAGCCCACACCGCUUUACAGGAGAAUAAGUUUUCACAAUUAAAAAUGCAACACAAAUUGCUUACCACAAGAAGCUUUCUCUUUAAAUAUUCUGCUCAGAGUCCCAAGUAAAUUUCUUCUUAAAUGUUGACUUCUAGAGAGGAUGCUUUUGCAGUGGUGUUUUCAAGGGGAUGUCUUGAACUGACACGUAGGCUUCUGCAAUCUUGUGAUUACAGAUCAUGUUUUAGUAAAGCUUUAAGACUAUCCAUGCCUCCUCUCUUCUGACUAUUGUAACGAAAUGAAGGUGUGUUUCACUUUAUUUUACGUCUGGCACUUGAAAUCAUCUUUGUCUAGGAGGACUGAAAUAACUGGCGUGUUCCACUCGUGUGCGUUGAAGGAGCCCAGCCUUUCCAGUGAGUACAGCUUGGGGGAAAUCUGUCUUUCAGUUUUUGCCUCCCUAGGAAUCAGUCAUAUGGUAACUGGGCUGUUAGAAAAGGUUAAAGUGACUCUGCCAGAAGCUUUCCAGCUGGUGAUAUGAAGCCUGGGCAGCUGUAUUUUAGGCCUUAGCACGGGUUUAUUGCACCUGCUUAAAAAUACCUUGGGUGCACAUGCAAACCUGUUGCAUAUAAACCCUAUUCGCGGCCUUUUGUGUUUAUUCCUUACCAUGAUAAAAAUGUAAAUGUGUUACGCUAUUGAACCUUCUUUUGAUAUUAUUUUCACUUAAAAAAAAAAAAAAAAAACCAACACACACUGGCAUUUCUUUAUUUUUGUUGUUGUUGUUGCCAGCAGUAAAGUACAGAAAUCCCAGCUAACCUUCUUAAUGAUGUAUUUUCACAGAUGUUUGCUAUAAAUGUUUGUUUAAUAUGUAGCAUGGUAAAGAAAAUCACUUUCACUACUGAAUUACCUAUUUUCCAGUUAUUGCCAUGCUUCUGUCUAUCACUAAUCGUAAAAAUAGUUUCCAAAUCUGAUAGGUAAAGCUUGCAAGAAUUCUCCAGAAACCGUACGUAACUUACCCCAGCCCCGGGCGGGGAAGGUUGUGAAUCGUGUGCGGUUUCCAGUAUUAGCAUUUCUGGUUGUAACAGCAGAAACCACUGAAAACUCCUUCGUGUGCGGGAGAGGGAGAUGCUUUGACGUGCAGUAAGGGUCAGUAACAGAACGUGGAUGUUACCUUGUAGGAUAAUGUAUUAUUAACCAUUGUGAUUGGUAAAAUAGCAGGAAAUUAAUGCCUUACAAUUAAUUCAUGCAGUAGAAGCAUCGAGUAAGAGGUGGGUUCAGCAGCUGGGUGCAGCUUCGGAUCAGAAAGGCCUACAUUAGGCCUGAGGCGUGGUGAUGCCUUGGACUGGUUUCAGACAGUGAAGGGAAAACAGCUGAAAUGGCAGAGCUGUAAGGCUUCAAGUGAGGGAAGAGGUUUGGAGGUAGUAUCGAGUACCACGAGAAGUGUAACUUCACCUGUUCUGGGAUGGGGAGAGGUAGGGCAGGAGUAGGAGCAGCAGGAAUCACUGUGCGCGAGCCCCCUGAACAGUACUGUUUAGUCAGGACUGCAUGGCACUAAUGGCUUUGAGCUUGUACUUUAACCUUGUAUGUCCUCUGUACACUAGGAAGCAUACAAUACUUAUUUUGCUAAAUUGUGUUUUAUUGCAGGGUCGUAAUUAAAUUACUAAUUGCUCUAUGUUUCAGUUCAUUAAUGGAGUCCCUCCAUUUAUCUUGACCACAUAUGCAAUGACUCUUAAUUUCUAAUUUUGUAGUUUGUUCUUUUAAUUCUUUGUAUUACAAUAUGAAAUGUAGUCAUGUAUGGUAUGGUUACACACUUUGGGGCAAAAUAAAGUCCUGUAUUUUUCUUUUUCUUGUAUCAUUAAGUUCUACUCACAAAUAAAACUCUUUAAAAA